ACUUGCCUUUUGACAUUUUCUGUUAUUUUAUAUUUAGAUAUUUAUGUGUUUAUUUAAAUUAAUAAUAGUGAAACACUGUAUUAAUUUAACUUAUACAGAAUCCUUAGUAUGCGAUACACUCGAUCUAAGUGGUCAAGGUUUAAAGAAGCUUCCUCGUUGUCCGUCUGAUGCAGAUAUUAGCACAUUGAUCAUUGACGAUAAUGAACUCCAGCGUCUUGAUAAUCUUGAUUCUUACCAUAGAAUUACCAAGUUAUCAAUAGUAAGGAAUCAAUUGCUACGUAUGUAUGGAGUAUCAAAGUUACAUAAUCUUGUAACUCUUAAUCUAGCAAAUAAUGGUAUUUUAACCAUAGAAGGUAUAAAGGAUAUGAUAAAUUUACAUACACUUUGUUUAGCUGGUAAUAAUAUAAAGUCUAUUGAACAUUUGCACACAAAUACUAAGUUGGAGCAUUUGGACUUGUCUGAAAAUAGUAUCAGUCAUAUCUCAGACAUAUCUUAUCUACGAAACUUAAAAGAAUUAUUUUUACAUAACAACCGUAUAAUAACAUUAAGACAAUGUGAACGCUAUUUACCUACUUCUUUAGAAACAUUUACAUUGGCAAAUAAUAACAUUACUGAUUUAAAUGAAAUGUCACAUUUAGCUAAUUUAAAAAAUUUAAUAAAUUUUUCAAUUGCUAAUAAUCCAUGUGUUAGUAUGACAGGUAAUAGUACUGGUUUUGAUUAUCGACCUUUUGUUAUCAAUUGGUGUAUGAGCUUGAAAUCAAUUGAUGGCUAUCCUGUUGAUCCUAUUGAAAGUUUAAAAGCAGAGUGGCUAUAUUCUCAGGGACGUGGUAGACAAUUCCGUGUUGGCGAACAUGCAUUACUUGCACAAUAUUUAGCAUCAGUUUGUCCACUUUCUGGUGAAUCCUUAGAAAAUGAAACUGACAGGAAGCUAAGGCUGAUUUUAAGUAAAGCACAACAUCAUCAACAACAAUUAAAUCAACAAAGUGAUACUGGAAGUGUGCACAGCUUAAGUAGCGUCGGAAUGAGUCCUUCUCCAGCCACUAGGCGUAGACUUAGUCAUAACAGGACAAGUUCUCCUAGACGUGCCAUUGCGCCAAUGUUGACAUACUAUGAAGAUAAAUGCUUACAAUCACCAAAAUUUUAUGAAGCAAAGUACUGUGUGUGCCAUUCACCUUGUAAAGGUUCAUCAAGAAAUUCAUUAAGAAUAAGGUCACCAGAUAGAAUGGUAUCUAGUUGUCAUACCGAUACUAUAGUUUCUUCAUGCCAUACAUUAUUACCUGAAGAUCAAGAAUCCUUAAUGACUCAAAGUUUGGAUCCAAAUAUGCUUUGCAAUACUUUAAAUAAUAAAGCAUCAAAUACUGUUGAUACAGAAGAAACAUCAAGUCCUUUACAAGCUGCAACAAAACUAGUACCAGUUCCAGAAUCUUUAAUGAGUCCAGAUUUUCGUCCACCAUCUGGUCUUUCUCGAGUUUUAGCAAAAACUCCACCAAGUAAAUUAACAUCACCAUGUCAAAUUACAGUGCCAAACAAACCUACUUGUGAUGGAGAUAGCAAAGCAAUUCCUAUAAUAAAUACAGUAAAUCCAAUGGCAAAAACAAAUCUUACUUCUAUUAAAGCAAAUGCACUUGUAAAAAGUAAUUCAGCAACAAAUUGUACUAUUGGAAAACCAAAUAUUGCUAAACCUAUUAUUACAAAUACUAGUAAUAAAUGUCCCCAUAGUGUGAAAAUUAAUAAUUAUGUUCAAAGCAAAACAUUGCCUGCCAAACGAAAUACAAAAAAUUCACCAAAUUUAGGCAGAAAUAUACAAAGAUUAAAGAGUACAAAUGAUAAAAUUAAAAGCAAUGUUAUUAAAAAAAAUGGAGAUGGAGAUGCUGAUAAUGCUACUCAAAGUAGUGAUGAAGAUAGCGAAGUAUGUCAAGCAAAAUUAGAUAGUAUUCGACAUAGAGCUAUUCAACGAAGACAAGAAGACAAUAAAGAUCAAGAUGAAGCUGAAAAAGCAGCAAUAUGUAUUCAAAGAAUGUGGAGAGGAUAUCAUACAAGAAAUCUUAAUAAAAAAGCAACUACUAUACUGAAAACUAUUGAAAUGAUAAGAACAAAUAAGUAUAUUCAGAAACUAACUACUGAUAUGGAAGCCACUAGAACUGCUUUAGAAAGUGAACAUAAACUACAGUUAUUGCAAAUGCAAGCAAUUAAUGCAUUGUGGAAAAAAGUUGUUAGUCUCCAACCUAGUCGAGAUUCUACAAAUAAUGACAAUGAAAAUAUUGCACAAAAUGUAGAUGUUGUAACUAAUUUAACACAAACAUGUAAUUUAUUGCAUAGUCAGGUUCAACAAUUACAAGAUUCUAUGUCAGAAAUUAAACGAUGUAUGUCGAGUAUGCAAUCAAAAUCCAAUCUUAUUGAUAAUGGUGUUGCAACUCAAACAGAAAUUUCAGCUGUUCAUACUCCAGCAGGCGAAGAAAAUUUAUUUCCUUACGCCCGUCCACAUAGACCACAAACAUUACCAAUUCAUCAAACAAUUCAUGAAGGAAAUGAAAAUAAAAGUUUUGCAUCUAAUUUGAUUGAUAGCGUUUUAAAAAAAGUAUCUCAGUCCACUGAUACAACAGAUGAUGAAGUUAAUACUGACAUUCUAAACUCUAAUGAAAAUCCCGAAGUGUUAAAUUCAAAUGAUCAUCCUGAUAUGUUUAAAAGUUGUGAAGAGAUUAUAGAACCUGAUUUCAAAGAUGUAGUAGAACAUGAUGUAAAAAAUGAAUAUGAUGUAAUUGAUAAUGCUGUUAUAAAUGGUGAAGUUUGUGAGGAAACAUUAUGUAAAGAAUUGCACAAUUUAAUUGAAACAGAAAUUAAAACAGAAAAUUGUAUGAACUUGAAAAAGGAAAAUAGUUCAGAAGAAAUUGAAAAGGAAUAACUUUAAUUUGAAAAAACAUAUAGAAAAUAGUAAGAAAAAGAAUAAACGUGCAAACUUAAAAGCCUUGAACAAAAAUAAUAAGAAAAAACAUAAAUUCUAAUAAAUAAUUUAAUAUAUGAAUGAAUGAAUUAAUCUGAGAAACAUAUAGAAAAUAAUAACAAAAAGAACGAAGAUAUAAAGUUAAAAGCCUUGAACAAAAGUAAUAAGAAACAAACAUAAAUUUCAAUGAAUAAUCUAACGUAUGAAUGAAUGACAUUAAUACAUUUUUAACUAAAAAUACUCAUUGUACAUAAGUUCAAAAACUAGUCUUAAUUAUAUUCAGAUUACAAAAUUUAAUGCUUUUAAUUAUAUUGUAUCUAUAAUAUUUUAAAAUCAAACUCAUCAAAGUUCAAAAGAUUAUCAUAGAAUACAUUUAAAAAGAAAAAGUACCAAAGACUAUAGUUUUAAACAAUCAUUUCAUUAAGUUAAUUUAUUAUGUACAUCGUGGUCAUUAAAGCAAUUUUGAAAUUUUUCCGUCCACAUAUCUGGCUUUUAAAAAAUUCAUCGAUGUAUAAAAUGUAUUAAGAAUGUUAUAUGUCUUACAAAAAGCUUUGCUCCUUCUUUAAAAUAUCAUAAAAAUAUUACUGUACAGAAGAAAUGAUGUAUUUAAUGUCAUGAAUUCCAAUGUCAGAAUUCGUCAAUUCUCAGAUUGAAAUAUUUAUAAACACACAAAUAAGAAUUUUGAUAUGUGAUGCAUUCCUUAAUAUUUUUAAGUUUUGCUAAGAAAUUUCUUGGAUAAUAUUACCUAGAUAAUUAUUGUUUUGUAUGUAUUUAUUUUUUUAUUUAUUUAUUUAUUUAAAAGUAUAAAUUCUAGAAAGAAUCAAUGUUAUUCUAAAAUGUAGGUAAUAAUGAAAACAUUUUUAAUCUAGUCACUACAAAAACUACAUAUAAUUGCUGUAGAUAUUAACUAAACUUGUUACAUAGAUAUACAGUGUUAUUAAAACAAAUAAAAUCUUUCAACGAAAACGAAUUAAUUGUUAAAAAAUGAGUUUUUGUUUAUGACAAAGAACACUACAAAAAUUUGUUUAUAUGUAUAUUAAUUAAGUUUUAUUAUUAAAAACAUUUCCAUAAAAUAAAUCAUAUUGUAAGAAUAUUAUUACAAUGAAAGAAACUAUAUGUGAGCUCUUACUAAAACUCUUACUUAAAAUUUAUUUUGUGUGACUUAUUGCGUCACAUAAGACAUUCGAUGCUCAGAAUUGUUAAGAACUUAAUAUAAAUGUUAAAUAAAUAAGACAUACACAUGAAUA